AUGGGUAAUCGAGGUGCAAGAAAUACGGGUUAUGCUCCAUAUGGAGACCCAUAUUUGGAUCAGUAUGGAGCUGGAUAUUAUCCAGGUGGAGCAGCGCCUGGCCUGGGCGGUUAUGGUGGUGGCUACGAUCCAUAUGGUGGCUAUGGUGGUAUGAGUCCCUACGGAUAUAUAACUACUCCCGGUGCAAUUAUCGAAGAACCUUGGCAAACAACGCAAUGGAAUGAAUAUUAUGUACCAACUCCGGCUCGGCCCGUUGCAGGUGGCCGUCGCUCUCGACCUGUUAUUUAUGUAGCUGUUCCAAUGCCAGCAGCAAAUCCAUGUGCUGGAUUUGGCGGUGGAUUUGGAGGAGGACUUGGUGGAUUCGGUGGUGGUUUGGGUGGAUUCGGUGGUGGUUUAGGUGGAUUCGGAGGUGGUUUAGGCGGAAUGAGCGGGUUCGGCGGGGGUCUUCCAGGCGGGUUCGGGGGACUAGGAGGAGGCUUUGGGGGAGGAGGCUUUGGUGGAAUGGGAGGAUAUCAGGUAUUGCCCAUGAUGACUGUUGGGUUUGGUGGAUUUGCAGGACAAAAUUUGGGUUACUCACCUUUGGGUGGCGGUUUACCGUUAUAUUAA